AUGAAACAGUUUGUUAUAAUAUUAACACUAAUCGCGGUCUCUCAGGCAUUAAACGAUGAAGAAGAAUGGGGAAACUUUAAGGAGAAGUAUGUUAAAACCUAUAAAAGCUCUGCAGAAGAAUCGAAGCGUUUCUCUAUUUUCCAAUCGAACUUGCGUAGAAUAGAGAAUCAUAAUCUAAAAGAAGAACAAGGAUAUUUCACGUACCGAUUUGGUGUUACUAAAUUCGCAGAUUUAACUCCUCAAGAAUUUAUCGAAAUGAUGACUUUGCACAAAACACAAAAACCCAAAUUAACUGAUACUAUUGGGUUAGUAAAUUACACCGGGGAUAUUCCGGAUUCAAUUGAUUGGACUAAGAAAGGAGCUGUUACGAAUGUAAAGAAUCAAGGAUCGUGCGGGUCCUGUUGGGCUUUCAGUACUACGGGAACUGUGGAAAGUGCAAAUUUCAUUAAAACUGGAAAAUUGAUUUCAUUAAGUGAACAAAAUCUCGUGGAUUGCGAUUAUGAAGAUAGCGGCUGCAGUGGAGGUUACAUGAUCAACGGUUUAAAAUAUAUAGAACAAAAUGGAAUUAUGUCAGAAUCCGCUUAUCCAUACAAAGAACAAGAUGGAAAUUGUAUGUUUAACGAAAACAAAUAUGCAGUUAAAAUUUCUGGUUAUAAAACUAUAAUAUCUGGAGAUGAAGAUGAUUUGAAAAAAGCGAUAAUUCAAACGCCAGUCUCUGUUGCUAUAGACGUAACAGAUAUUUUUCAACUUUACACGUCAGGUACGUUGUAUGAUCCAACUUGCGGCAAUACCGAGUACGAUUUAAAUCAUGCAGUAUUAGCUGUUGGUUAUGGUACUUCAAAUGGUCUAGAUUACUGGAUAGUAAAAAAUUCGUGGGGAUCUGAAUGGGGAAUGGACGGAUAUGUCUGGAUGUCGCGGAAUAGAGAUAAUCAAUGCGGAAUCGCUACAUACGGUUGUUAUGCAGUUAUAUAA